AUGAGCGCACAAUCUCGCGACCAGCUUGGCGACCUUGAGCGCCACCGUCUACGCCUCGAAGAACAAAUUGCGAAGCUGCGCAAAUCGCUGCAGCACUGGCAAACAUGGGACGCCGAGUACGAGGGUCUGAAGGAAGAGAUUCAGGGAUUCAAGAAGACAUCAAACGGCCGCGAGCCCACUGCUCAGGAUAUGGUCCAGCUUGGCCGCGAAUUUGGCGGCGAGCUUGUCAAUGAAAAGGAAAUCAUGGAACUGUUGGGCAAGGACAUGAGCCGGAACGCGAAUCAGGUCGUCGAUUUGAUUUCGCGCAGGCAGGACUACGUGCAGAAGAACGUGGAGACUGUACAGAAGCAGGUCGAUGCCGCGGAGGAUAAGCUAAGCAAGGUCCUCAUUAUCAGCAAUCCUAGCCUCGAAGACGAAGAAGGUGGGCCGCUUAUGGACAUCCGGGAAGAGCUGGAUGAGGAAGGAAAUGUGAUCUCCAGCUCCAUCUCUCAGCCUGGAAACCAAGCGGCCCAGAUCAUGGAGACUUUGAAGAAAGCUGGUAUUGACCUUCCCGACGAGGAGAACAAGAACGGCGAGGGUUCGUCGAAAAUUGAGGAAAUAUCAGACGAUGCAAAGACUACUCCCGCUAAGGCAGGAUCGGAAGCAAAGGCUCAGGAGGCAGCCGGCCCUUCCAAGGCGUCAGGAAAGGCUCCGGUACAAGCCGAAAGCUCUUCAACUUCAGAAGAUCGUGUUCCUCGCCGGAAGAAGUCGGUUUCCUUUACUCCCGAUACGAAGGCGCCCGCCGCUUCCUCUGGGGUUGGCGAGAUCAAUGACACCGUCAGCGCCCACAUGAACUUCAAGCCUGGCAGUCGUGUCGUUGAGCUGAACGACAAAGACGAGAUCGUACGUACUGAGAUCGCGGGCCCGCAGAACCCGGGCAUCCAGAACCCCGUGAUUCCCAAGAACGAGUCUGAAGAGGAUUCCAAAUUGAGGCGUGAGAUGCUGGAGUACAGCUUGAACGAGGUGGGCCACGUUGUUGCGGAGAUGAACCUGGAAGAUGGCAGUGACGACGACUACGACUAUGAAGAGGAGGACUCCGAUAUCGAGGAGGUGGAAGAGGAUGACGAGUGGGGCAGAAGCAGGCCUGUCAUCACUGAGGAAUACCUGCAGAAGAUGAGGGAGCUGGAGAAGAAGCUGGACGCCCAGAUGAUCGAAAACCUGGGCCCAGCACCCGAAGACGCAAACUUGAACAACAUGCUCCAACAAGCACAAGGCGUGCACAAGCUCGUCGUCCGGACGGAUGAGGAAAUCCCACCAGCUCUGCUCCCCCAAAAAGCAACCAAGCCAAAAGAAUCCACCAAGCCUCAGAACGACGACAAAACCACAGAGUCUGCCCCCGCUGCCGAGACCAUCACCACCGCCUCCUCAUCCUCGUCCUCAAAGGGCGUCCGCUUCGCCGACGCGGUCGACGUCGCACCAGCCCCCAAGCCCGCCUCCGACACUCUCCCUCAAAUCUCCACCGAACCCCGCCCCAUCGCCGACGCCAUCAUCGAGCGCAGCAGCGCCGCGACCUCCUCCUCCGACCCUUCCACCCCCCCUCCCCGCAAAACCUCCCGCUUCAAAGCCGCCCGCGCCGCCCACCCACAAACCCCCAUCGCCACCUCCUUCCCCUCCACCAUCCUCGGCGGCAAGGAAAAAGAAAACAAACCCAACGACGACGAAGAAGCCGACGAGGAGAUCCUCCCCCGCCGCACCCCCACCGGCCCGCCCAACGCCACCCUCGCUUCUACUAUCGUCGAGCGCGACCACAACGCCGCUAACCCGUCUGCCCCUGACCCGGACGGCCUCGACCCGGCCACGCUGUCGCAGGAGGCGCUGACGUCGUACCACAAGCUGCGCGCGAAGAUGAUCCAGCGCCAGGAAGGCGGCUUCGUGCGGCCGUCGCUGGAGGAGCAGGAAGCGACGGGCGGCGAGCCGCUGGUCGAGGAGCGCGAGGACGGCAGCGUGCGCAAGGUCAGCAGGUUCAGGGCGGCCAGGGUGAGGGCGGCGGAGCAGGGGGGUGGGAUUUGA